AUGAUCAAACGAAAAUCAAAUAACAAAUUAGCAAUAGUUACAAGACAUACAAAAGUUCGACCGAAAGUGCAAUAUAACUGCAUGAAAUGUAAUGGAAAAAAAGAAACGGAAACCUCUAGAUCAAAAAUACAAUCAAAAUCCAUUAGGAUUAAUUCGCAAAAUUUAGAUCACAAUGAUAAUGUUAUACAACCUAAUUUGGCCAAACUUGAUGACAAUAUUUCAUUAAAUGAGGAUUCUUUAUCAAAUUUGGUCAAUUCUUUACAAGACUUCGAUGAUGAUAUUUUGUCAGAUGAAGAUAGCUUCACUAGUAAUAGAAUAAUUUUUGCUACAAAACUAAACAAUGUUAGAAAAAAGCGAAGAAAAUACGAUCAGUUUCGUAUGACUAGUGACAAUACCAUUAUCAUUUCAGAUGAAGAAUAUGAACAACAAGUUGAUUCUUCUGAUGAUGACGAAGAAUUUUGA